UUUCCAUUUCAUCUGGUUUCUGUUUACCUUAUAUGCUUGAUGUUUGAUUCGAAGUGUGAGAUAUUUACUUUUGUCUUUUGGUUUGUGUAUAUCUGCAUUCUGCACUAUCUGAAGUGGGUUCGUUCAUGUGCGUUGGUUGUUUUUGAUGAGUUGGCGUUCUUUACCAUGGGUGGUGUUAACAAUUUUCAUGAAUUGUGCAAAGUGUUCAUUUGACUUACUCGCUAUGAAAAUUCUGGCGAAGUCGAAAGCUUUGAUAUUUUCAGAAGCAUAAAUGAGCCUGCUUGGAUAUCGUGACCGUCUCUUUUUGCUUGUACAUGGUAUUUUUUUUCAAAAUAAGACCCGUUGGGGUGCUGGUUCUUUCUUUUUAUGUCCUUUCACAAGGAAUUGAUUGAGGAAUGGUUCAAGGGAUGUCUUCUGACGGUAUUUGACCUUCUGGUAGUUUCAUCAGAAACCGGAGGUAAAACUGGGAUUUCUUUGAUCAUUGUUACUGCACGAUGUGAGUUUUGAAACAUACAAGGACCUUCAUGUAGAAGAAAACAACUCUGUGCUUAUUCGCUAUGGCAGCUUCUGCGAAAACCCUCAAUCAUGAAAAGCCAAACCCAACUGAAGACUGGACGAUAGUUUUACCUCGACGUGGGAAACAGAGAAGGAAUUUGCUCAAAACUAGGAUCCCACAACAAGCACACUCUUGGGUUCCAAUUGACCAAAAAGUCGACCCUGACCGAGAAUCUAAACUGAUACAGAAGAUGGUAGUCUGUAUGAAGAAACUUGAAAGCUCCGAAUUCUUCUGUAAUUUUAUUGAUCAAAUUCAUACUCCUCAAAUCUCAGAUCAUAUUUCUAGGGUUUUGGGCUCUGAAACAAAGAUGCAGAUGGUGAUAUAUGGUAUUGGUAGCCUUGAAUUGUACGAACCCCCUCGAGUGCAGCUCGGUCUUGCGAUUUUGACGAAGAAAAGGUUCAGUUGGAUUGGAGAUGUAGAAGUAUUUGAUCCAAUUCUUUCCGGAACAGAAACUAGGGUUUUGGAAACUCUGGGUUGCUCGGUUCUUUCAGUCAACGAACAAGGCCGACGGCAAGCUUCAAAACCAACACUUUUCUAUAUGCCUCAUUGCGAGGCUGAAUUAUAUGACAACCUCCUGCAUGCAAAUUGGAGGGUGGACCUGUUGAACCGUAUAAUACUGUUUGGGAACAGCUUUGAGGGAUACGAGCAAUACGUGUCCGUAUUCAAGAACUCAGCUGGUGUUAGUUUGAGGAAGCAUCUUUUGGCUGUUAGGAGAUUCACUAAAGAGUUUGGAAUCAAGACGGUUUCUGAUGAUUAUUAUCGGGCUUUAAACGAUAUGAGCUGGCAUUUCUUCAGCAUUGAUCCUGAUAUGGAGCUGCAGUUUGGUAAAAUGAUGGAGAUUGUAGACAGUUGCUCUGAAACUGCUUGAUAUUUUUGAAACUGAUGAAUUUUGUUUCCAUUAUCUUGCUGGAACAAGGCAAUUAUUUUUUAAUUCAUGGCUAAAUUUCUUUGCCAAUUCAAUGUAAUCAGGGUGGUGUGAGUUUUUACGCCCCCCUGGUAAAAAUGAUUGUUCCUUUCCUCUGGUUUUUUUAUGGUAACAAUUUGUAGAUGUCAAAG